UAAACACACACUGCUUCCUAAACGAACGACGAACGAUUCAGGCGCUCUUCAGCUACUGGUUUAGCCUUCUCCUCUUAUACCUGCCGUUGUAAUAUCCGCUCAGUGGAAUACCGACAUACGUUUUUAGUAUCCACCACAAUCUGUUAUGAAUCAUACUUGCCCGUCUGACAACACCGCAAACGUGGACCAAUCCAGUUUCUGGAGCUCCGGGAACCUGAACUGGGACCAACACCGAAUAGGAUGGGCAAUUGCAGGAGGAUGUGCUGUGCUAACAGUUAUUAUUUCAAUGAUUUCAGUCUUGCGGCAUUGUCGACAUUAUACCAAACCUAACGAGCAGCGUCAAAUUCUGCGAAUUCUGUACAUGCCACCAGUAUAUGCUGUUAUUUCAUUCUUUUCCUACCGAUACUUCCGGAGUUACACAUACUACUCGCUCAUCGAAGUCUCAUACGAGGCUGUCACCUUGAGUGCAUUCCUACUCCUUCUGAUCGAAUUCGUGGCAGCCACGGCUACAGAUGGCGACGCCACAAAAGCAAUUGAACGGAAGGAUAAAAGACCUUUGCCGAUUCCUUUUUGCUGUUGGAGAUACCGACCGACGAAGCCUUACUUCAUGUAUACCGUCAAGUGGUCAGUUUUGCAAUACGUUAUCAUCCGACCAGCCGUAUCUAUCGCUGGGAUUAUCUGUCAAAUAUACAACGUGCUUUGCGAGUCUGGCCCUUACAGCAUAUAUUUUGCCAAUGUCUAUCUCGAGGCUGUUGAUUUCGUCAGCAUUAGUGUGGCACUUUACGGUCUUUUACUGUUUUACGGACUCACCAAGGAGGAACUGGUUGGGCGACGACCACUAGCUAAAUUUCUCUGUAUCAAACUCAUCGUGGUAUUCACUUUUUAUCAAUCCUUUAUCUUUAGCGCACUAGAAGGCCGCGUUAUUCAAGCUACCGAAUACUGGACUGCGGGCAAUAUCGCAGAUGGUCUUAAUGCGCUGGCCAUUUGCAUCGAGAUGGUUUUCUUCUCAUUAUUGAUGAUGUGGGCGUACACAGUCGAUGAAUACAAGACGGUAGCAAACAAAAAGACAGGCAUUUGGCGUCCAUUAUGGGACAGCGUCAACUAUUGGGAUUUUUUCACAGAGAUAUGGUACUCAUUCAAGUUCUUCUUUCACCGUUCCCCUGGCUCCUCGUCAACUUCUUCAAGUAAGAAGGGUUUUGCUCAGGCAUUCGGGAUCGGUGGCAGGUCAGUGGAAGAUGGUAGAUCAACCGAGGAAUCAAUGAGGUUAGCUCCAUAUCCCUAUAGUAAUACCCACAACGCCGACAGCGCCAGUCCCGUAUUGUCAUGAAUCAGAUCAAACUAGCGUCACACAUCAAGGACACCUUCGUUAUCUACAUCUGCUAGAGUCUCAAUUUACUUGCUUGCUUUUAUAUAUUCACACUCUUUACCUGUGUCUGACUGUGCUACUAACCUUUAAUACGUCUGGCUACGUGACACCACAGAACUUCGGCACUGCGGAACACGUUUGUAUGUAUAAUAUUGUACGAUAGAAAGUACUUUGUACAGUAAGUUGGGUCCAAACAUGUAUCUGGUAGAACGAGGGUUCACAAUGUUCAUGCUGUAUUUCGUG